GUGAGCUGGUGUACCUCUUUCCCCGGGACGUGAAGGGGGCCUUGUCGAAGGUUUCCUCCGCUGCGGCAGCUCGAGAGGCAUGGAACAAAGCGAAGCCUACUGUUUUCACAGCUCUCCGCGCUGCUUUCGGUGUGGCCCUAUUUGCCUCCAUUGCUGUGAUAUACACGGCGAUCAUUGCCAUCAGCACUUCCAGCUCCGACAGGGACCGAGAUGACCGACGAAGGGGUGGAGACUCUUUUGGAGGUGGUGGUUUCGGUUUUGGCCCGACUUUGUAUUAUGGCCCGUCGCCAUUUGAUGUGAUUUUCUACAGACCGUACUAUUCGUAUUCUUACGGCGGCGAUAUGUACGAUGAUUGGCAGUCGCGGAGUUCUCCGCCAAAAAUGGGCUUCCUCGAAUCCGUUUACAGCUUUGUUUUUGGUGAUGGAGAUCCAAACGCUGGCCGCUUGGAUCGGCAGCUGGCUGCUGUGGCAGCCCUCGCCCGGCGGAACGGCGGAGUUUUGACAGCUGAGCAGAUGGCACCUUUGCUGGACCCUCCCGGAUACAAGUCACCGGAGAGCACGUACAACGUGAAUGAGAGCUGGGUGCUGCCAGCAGUCUCGAGGUUAAAUGGAAGGCCCGAAGUGGCAGCUGAUGGACAAAUCGUCUAUGUCUUCGAUGACCUACGGACCACUGCAGGUGAAACUUCUUCGCGCAAGCCACCAGCAAUCUUGGAGGAGGAAGAGGUUCCUUUCUCUUUAGCGGACGAGGGCAAUCUGACGCUCGUUGUCUUGCUCGGUGUCGCAAACCUCGUCGGAGCUGCUUACCUCGGUGCGCAGUUCGCAGGCCUUGCAGGAUACAAGCUCACAGGCUUCCUGGCUGCAGUGAAAGGCUUCUACCCAGGAUUGCUAGCUUAUGCCGUAGGGUUUUUCGCUGCGCCGGCCGUGCGCUUCUUCGGCCUCGGUAAAACGAACGGUGAGAUCCAACAGAGGAACCAAAACCGCAAAGAUUGGUUGAAUGUCCUUCGGUCCGGUUCUGUGGACGGAAAGCUUGCCCAGGCAAGGAGCCUUCGACAGGGCAUGCGGCAGAUUGGCAGAGAGGACUCUGUCUACAGCACCGCGAAGGCACAGAGCCAAUCCAGUCGGAGCGAUCUAGAAGAUUUUGAUCGGCUUCUCUGGGCCAACGGGACGGUUCGAAAGGACUUCUCUGGGCUGAAGCCUGGUACAGAAUUGGGGAGAAAGGCAGAUGGAAUGAACUUCGUAGCUGUGCGUCCCAGCCUGGCAGCUGGAUGUGCUCAGAUGCGCCUGAUGUCGGUUCCACAUGUGCUUGAGCCAGGCGUAAUGCAAACUCCAGCCCAGCCGGAGCUUCAGGAUCGGCAGGCAGACAGGCCCCAGAGUAUGCAGAGGUGGGUGGGUGGGGCACGAACAUGCUUCAUCAAUGCACUGGGCAGACAGCAUAGGUGUGGGAUCACUUAUUCCGCCCUCAUCACCGGCGACCCGCGGAGGCUGUACCACAGUUUCGAUUACGGCGGCCAUCUCUGCGGCGUCGACCCAGGCGUGGAAGACAAGGGGCUCCUCUACUGGCCCCGUCCGAAAGAUCCCGAAUAUGCGAUCUGCAUCGGGCAGUGCCCAGACAAUCGUCAGGACACGGUGACUGCCCUGGAAGAGGAAGCUGCUGUCAACCAUGGUGCAAGCGGAGUUGAAACCGCGACCAUCACUUCCAAGCAAGUUCGAAUUCCAACAUACCCUUCCAGGGAAAUCGGCGGCCGCUUCUGCUUGCCGCUUCCGCUGGCUGAGACUCUGGAUGGCAACGAUGGUGAUGGCGUCACCAGGCUGCCGAGUGCCGCCGGGUCGACGGCUUUGCAGUGGCCACGGCUUCCUGCCGAUACUUUGCCCUUUCCAACAACCAGCUCGGCUGCCCCAGCGCCAGCGACGACCAGUCAUCCCUUGGUGCCACCCGGCGAACCUUUCCACCAGCCCGCGUGGGGUUACCCCACAGCACCCCCUGAGCAGCCCCGCACGGCCCGACCACGAAUUGCUGACUUCCCAGGGCUCCUGCCACCAAGGGUGCAGUGGCCUCGCCCCAGCCGGCCCAACCCCGGAGAGCAUGGUCCUGAAGCCCCAGAGAUCCAGACCUCAACUCAUCUGCCGACGAAAGCCGGCAAGACUGCACCCGUCAAGGCUGCUGGACUCGAGACUGGGGCUGGAAAUGUCACGAAGCCCCAGAAGCACCGGCACAAAAAGGGUAAGGAAGACGAAGACAAGGACGAGGACAACGACGAGGACAACGAUCGAAGGAAGGACGAGGGCCAGCGGCCGGAAGGGGACAAGGGUAGGAUUGGGCACAAGAUGGAUGACACGCCGCCCACAACAGAACCCGCCUCAAUGGAGGACAGGGAAAGUCAGAAAGACACAGUGACUCACCAGCCGGCUGCGACAAAACCCAAAAGCGGUAAGGUGGAUCAUGAGUUGAAGAAGCCCGUGCCCAAGACCCAGCAGCAGAACAGCACUGAAAUCAAAACGGAUGCCGCCCGGACAGCGGAGAACGUUUCUUCGCGCCAUCACGAGCCAGGCAGAAGGAUGUGGGAGGAGACUGCAAGGAGCUCUGAAACCGCCGAGUUGGCCCGACUGUUGUCUCAGGAUGACGAGGGCCUCGGUGCGUGGCUCCGCAAGACUGCCUGGGACAUUGCUGGCGCCUGGCCUGUUUUGGUCGUGCUCGGUGUGGUCUUCGCAUCUCUGCAGGGCACUGGUUAUUUGGCAUUCAUGCGAUUCUGCGCUUGUCCUUUCACAUUUGGCGUCCUCUUCCUGCUCAUACUUGCAACAAGCGGUAUGUCAGUGUAUUCCUUGGCAAUUAUACGCACGGACGAGGAGGCAGCAGAGCAGCUGUUUGGGCGAUACUCGGAUCACCCAGUCCUGCUCAGUCAAGUUGUUGGCUGGUCAUGUGCAGGAGUUUGUGUCUUGCUCCUGGGCAUCUCCAUUGCCAUCUUUCCCACAAUGCGCCGGGCUAUCGGCUGCAUUGAUGGAGCUGCGCAGGCUAUUUGGGAGGAGCCUCCGCUGCUGCGGUUGCCCGCCGUAGAGAUGAUGAUCAAGACGCUGUUCUCCGUCAGCUGGCUGAUCUUCUUCAGCUUCGUCAUCACAAGCGGCCAAAUUGACCCGCCGACCUUGGACGUCAAUGGAACGCCGGUGUACACGCGUAUUCGGAGGUUCAGCUCAACGCCUCUGCAGAAGUUUUACGUCUUUGUCUAUGUUGGAGGAUACCUUUGGACACUGGAAACCCUUAGCCUGGUUUUCCACUUCGCAGCCAGCUUCUAUGCUGUAAGCUGGUACUUCACGCCAUGCAGGGCCGAGGGCAACAAAGUGGUGGAGACGUGGCUGUGGCGAACUGGAAUUGCAUAUGCUUUGAGGUACCACCUGGGCAGUAUGGCCAUGGGUGGUUUUAUGACGAUGGUCUUCCGCCCAAUCCACGCGCCGAUGGCUGUCUUGGCAAAGCUGGCUAAAGCUGGUGAGAGGCAUGCGCCGGAUGGCAUCAUGGCCAAUUGCCUGGGCUGCGUUUGGUGCUUUGAAGAAGUUGUUCGCUUUGUCAACAAGAACGCCAUUAUUUGCAUGGUGUUGAACUCAAGCAACUACUUCGUCUCUGCCACAGCAGCAGUCCAGACUUUGGCGAAAGCCGGAAAGGACAUUGCAUUCCUGAAUGGAUUUACUGGCAGUCUUCACAGUCUUGGCAUGCUUGCCACAGCAUGCCUGACGGCUUACCUGGCACUGCUUGCUUUGGGCGGAUUGGAUAUUUUUGCAGACCAAAGCUCGCCGCUGUUCGUGGAAAACCGGAUUGCAGUUAUUGUCGCUGUUGGUCUUCUUUCGGGUGCUGUGGCAUCAAGCUUCAUGAGCCUUUUCGAUGUCGUGUUCGACACGCUGAUCUUCUGUUGGCUGGCAGACCUGCAGCCGACCGAAACCGUUUUCGUUCCGCACAGCUUGCUGAACGCCCUGGGACAGCCGCAGGGCCGAAAGGAGCUUUCCGACGCGGAGAUAGAUGUGGAGUUCGGUCGGCAACCGGCUGUGGGUCCAGGCUCAGCAGCUGCAUCUGUUGGCAGCCCAUCGCAAGAUGGACGAGAAGCAGCAAAGAGGGAAGCAGCGCGAAAAGCUGCUGCAGAGCAGGAUGCCCUCCGCAAAGCAGCAGAGCAAGAGGCACUUCGGGAAGCCGCAGAACGUGAAGCAUCGCGGAAAGCAAAGCAAGCCCGCGAAGCACAGGAGGCGGAACGUGCCAAAUGGCAAAAGCUCCAAGAGGAGGAGGCUGCACGCCAGAAAGCGAAAGAGGAGAAAGCAAAGGAGAUCGAGCUAGCAAGAGCUGCUGCGGAGGAGAUCCGGAGGGCUCGGCUUGAGGAGGAAGAGAGGAAGCUGCUGUCCUCACAACCUGUGGCUCCCACGCAAGCCCCAGCCAUGCCAGCUUCCAAAGAAGUUGCCGACACUCCCGUGGAAGCGGAGCCGGCGGAAGCUGCAUCGGCUGCCGAAGCCGAGGAAGCACCGACUAGUGCGACCUCAGCCGUGCCGGAGGCAGCAGCCUCCGAGGCCCCGGCGGGGCCUGAUAGGCCCGAAGAAGUCGCAACGGCUGAGGGCAACUCGGCUCCUGUGGGGGCACCGGAGGAGAGAAGCCGCCAGGCCCCCGAACGCCCCGAAGGGGAUUCGCUACAGGCAGCAGAGCAGUCAGAGGUUUUCAAGGCCGUGGGCCAAACGGAUCCUUUCGCGGCGCCUUCAGAGGAGCCUUCGACACUGAACUGGGUUGCAGACUUCGACUCUGCUUCACCCAAAGUCGAGCCCGAAAAGGCUGCUGAGUCUGGUGUUGCCGUGCCGACCUCAGGUAAAUUAGCCAGUUGCAGUGUGAUUUCAGGUCGCGGUGGGUUGGAGACCGCGCGGUUCCUCCGCCGUAGGUAG